GGGAUGGCCAGCAUCCAAGGACACCUCGUCCGCCCAGUGCUCUGUCCUGGGAAGAAAUCAAAGGGUCAUCAGCCCAGGGUGGACAAGGGCGGCGCGCAACUACCACAGUUAUUGAUUUUUCCGCGGACAGCUGAUGACUCUGUCUUGCAAUCAAUAGCCAGACUAUCCGAAAUCGGCUCCUACAACGUGAAGUCGUAGACUUGUCGGUGAAGACAACAACUGCUGCAGCCUUUUUCGAUCCCAUUCGUGACAUCUCAGGCCCAGGCACGACUUGCCAUCAUUGUGACGUAAACACGGAAUACAUGACUCCCACCAGAUACUCAGAUGUUUCUACUGGCGACGCUCUACCCAUCGACGUAGAGUCCCAUGCGUCGUGCAACAGCAAGGAAUCAUCGAAGCCACUACUCGGACACGUCGCAAG